AUGACAUCUAUUGAAAAUUAUUAUCGUCACCAACUGAUGAGUGGCAAUUCAGUGCCAAAUCAACGUAGAGAUACUUUGCUACAUGGUGACCAAAUUGAUUUUGUUGAGAAGCAGGAGCAAGAUAUAACGGGAGAACGUUUGGAGCAAAAUAACAGGUCUCGAAAGAAGUAUUUGUUCGAGAAAAUUAUUCGAAUUGCUAAGCACCCUUUUCGUUCACGAAAAAAGUGA